GUAAAUGUAUGUACAGCUACAGAUAGCUGGAAGACUGCGAUAUAGUAAAACCUGUCCAUUUUUUCUGACACGCGGAGGCGUCGUUGAAACUUUUUCAUGAUUUUUGGAUUUAGCUGUAAAUAGAAAACCAUGUUGCAUCAUUCUCUUGUUUUUACCAUUUGCGUCACCUUAGUCUCAGGAGUGCCUUAUUAUGGCGAAUCAGGGCGAAUUAUAGGAGGAACUCGAGUGAAUCACACAGAACAGUUCCCUUAUGUCGUCUCCAUCUCUCGGAUGGAUCAGCACGUUUGCAAUGGAGUCAUUUACAACGAUCGAUGGAUCAUCACAGCAGCAAAAUGCGUCCACGGAAAAAAUCAAUCGGAAUUUAAAGUUGUCGUUGGUGCCCUAUCGCUCAUCAUUCCUGAACCAGCGGAGCAAAAGAUCACCGUUUCCGAUUUUGUCGUACAUAAUCAAUUUGAUCCUGUUUCAUUGAAACACGAUAUCGCUCUCGUCAGGCUGUCACGGUUGAUUUUAUUUGGCGCUACUGCUCAACCAAUCCGGUAUAGUGAAAUCGAUGAGCUAGCCCAACCCUGGGACGCAUACAUUGUCGGAUGGGGUGCAACUUUUCAAGGAGGAAUCCCAACUACAAGACUUCUUUGGGGUCCGAUUGAUGAUCUUGCAGCAGAUUGUGGAGUUUACGUUGACGAGUUUCAGCAGGACUCCAUGAUUUGCGCUGGCUCAACUGAAGGAACGGUUUCACCUUGUCAAUACGAUGAGGGAGGACCACUGACUCAAAGGACAAAUUCUAGCGGAACUCCGGAAGAAAUAGUCGUGGGCAUCAUGUCGAGGAACAAUGGCUGUGGUGAUCCUAGUGUGCCAACUAUUUAUACUCGGUUGGGCAGCUACUCUACUUGGCUUCUCCUUACCGCAGGCCCGCAGCCGUGGGAAUAAAAGUGCGUUAUCUACUACCGAAAAUUUUUUUUUCCGUAGUCCACGCCUUCAGGAAAAUCGCGAGUACCGUUCAUGUAUUAGUUAUGUUUCAAUCAAAUGUAAAUCACGCAACAAUAAUAACGAUGUUACGCAUGUUA